AUGGUCAACAUGCUUAAAAAGCGACUGGAGGGCUCUCACGGGAAGUUCGCGGAAGAACUACACGGAGUCCUCUGGGCCUACCGGACCACUCCCAACACAACAACAGGGGAAACUCCCUACUCGCUGGUCUACGGCUCUGAGGCCAUUAUACCCACGGAGAUGCAUGUGAGAACAACGGCCUCAGGGUAUACCUCUCAGGAGGAGAUCAACGAGCUGAUGGCGCUGAGCCUCGACCUUCUCAACGAAAGAAGAGAGGCUGCUCGGCUAAGAAACUGGUCCUACCAGCAAGACAUCGCCAGGACGUACAACAAGAAAGUCAGAACCAAGACCUUCCAACAAGGGGAUUGGGUUCUACGAUGA